GUUCAUCAUAAACUAAUUCUUUUAAACAGUUUUUCCUUAAAUUUUCUUGUUAUAAAAAUAUGUCUCUUGAAUAUUUUCAAGAUCUUUCUAAUGACUUGGAAAAGUUACUUACAACUGAAAAGGGAUAUGAUGUCAUUAUCUACGUUGGAGAAAAUGAAAAUAUAAAAGAAUUUCAUGCUCAUUCGAAUAUUUUAUGUACAAGGUCGCAGUAUUUUUGUACAGCGUUCUCCAAUAAAAAAGAUGGAAAAUUUAUUUUUGAAAAAUCAAAUAUUUCUCCUCAAAUAUUUAAAAUUAUUUUAAGAUUUAUUUAUUGUGGAAAAAUUGAUUUAACAAAAUUGUUGGGCCCCGAAGUAUUAGAUCUUUUGAUGGCAUUAGAUGAACUUAACUUCAAUUCGUUAAUCCCUCAUGUUCAAAAAUACUUGAUUAAUCAUCAAGAUAAAUUUUUGAAACAAAAUCCUAUUGAAAUUCUUGAAACAGUUUAUCAACAUGAAUCAUUCACAGAUUUAUGGAAUUAUUGUCUUGAGAAGAUUUGUGAAGAACCCGAAAUUUUAUUUAAUUCUGAUAAUUUUAUCAAUUUAAAAGCUCCUUUAUUAAAAUUGAUUCUAAAGCGAGAUGACUUGGUUUUAGAUGAAAUUGAAAUUUGGAAUAAUCUAUUAAAAUGGGGUAUUGCAAAGAAUCCUUCUAUUUCACUAGACAUCACAAAAUGGAGCAAUGAGGAUAUUACAAUUAUUGAGAGGUCUCUUCAUGGAUUUAUUCCAUUAAUAAGAUUUUAUCAUAUUUCGUCUGAUGAUUUUCUUGAUAAAAUAUAUCCUUUAAAAGAAUUACUACCAAAAGAUUUAGCUGAUGAUUUGGUGAAAUUUAAUAUUGCACGAAAUAGGAAACCAAAUAUUGAUGAAAUUCAACCUCCUAGAAGCAUAAAGCCUAUUUAUGAUUCAAUUUUAAUUAGAAAUCGUCAUUUUGCUGUUUUCGCUAGUUGGAUCAAUAAGAAAGAAAAUUUACAUUAUAAUAAUGUGAGGAAUAUUCCUUAUAAAUUCAAUCUACUUUAUCGUGCUAGUAGAGAUGGUAAUACACCUGCAGUAUUUCAUGCUAAAUGUGAUAAUAAAGGAGCUACUAUUGUUGUUGCGAAAAUUGAAAAUUCAGAACAAAUAGUUGGGGGAUAUAAUCCACUUUAUUGGAAUUCAAGUAAUUGUAAUAUGUCCAUAAUUGAUAGUUUUAUAUAUUUUUUUGCAGAUAAAAAUAACUAUGAAACUGCAAAAGUAAGUUAUAGUAAUGGUAAUGAGUAUUCUAUAAGAAAUUACUCUGGAUAUGGACCAAUGUUUGGUGGUGGUAACGAUUUAAUUUAUAGCAGCGAUGGUAUGUGGUAUUGUAAUAGAGGUAUUUAUAGUUCUUAUCAUAAAAUCGAUGGUAUGCCAACAGGAGGAUUUAAUGUAAAUGAUUACGAAGUUUUUCAAGUAAUCGAAAAAUAAUAUUUUCUUGAACAUCAUACUUAAGUAUAAAAAAUAAAAAAUAUUUCA